GGACGCGUCUACCUGGCGGGCGAGAUGAGACUGACCUUUGAAUUUUGUGUAGCUUUUGCAUUCCCUCAAUACGCAUUUAUAGAGCGGCUGCUUCCUGUCGGGCACCGGAGCACGCAUUUUGGAAGAGCCUGAAGUGAAUGAUUUCAACACAACCCGCUAGGAGGACAUUCUCCUUUGGUGCCACAAUGCUCGCUGCCCGCCUCUCCAGGCCCCUGUCCCAGCUCCCCGGGAGAACCUUGAGUGUCUGUCAUAGAGAACAUGGAACGAGACACAAAUCGCUGUUUCCUUCCGUCCCCUCUGCUCCCAUCAGCCAACGAACUUACGCCAGCCAAGUCAACCCUGUUGGCAGUAAGGCUGUCCUGGUCACAGGCUGUGACUCUGGAUUUGGGUUCAGCUUGGCCAAUCAUCUGCAUUCGCAAGGCUUCCUGGUGUUUGCUGGCUGCUUACUGAAGGACAAAGGGGACAGUGGUGUCCAGGCGCUAGACAGCUUGAAAAGUGACCGACUGAGAACCGUGCAGCUCAAUGUGUGCCAAAGUGAGGAGGUGGAGAGAGCCGUGGAGGUCAUUCGCUCAAGCUUGAAGAACCCCGAGGAAGGACUCUGGGGCCUGGUGAACAACGCGGGCAUCUCCACCUUCGGGGAGGUGGAGUUCACCAGCAUGGAGACCUACAAGGAGGUGGCAGAAGUGAACCUCUGGGGGACAGUGAGGACAACGAAAUCCUUUCUCCCUCUCAUCCGAAGGGCCAAAGGCCGCGUUGUCAACAUCAGCAGCAUGCUGGGCCGCAUGGCCAACCCGGCGCGCUCCCCGUACUGCAUCACCAAGUUCGGGGUGGAGGCCUUCUCCGACUGCCUGCGCUACGAGAUGCACCCACUGGGCGUGAAGGUCAGUGUGGUGGAGCCCGGUAACUUCAUCGCGGGCACCAAGCUCUACAGCCGCGAGAGCAUCCAGGCCAUCGCCAAGAGGAUGUGGGACCAGCUGCCCGAGGUGGUGCGCAAGGACUACGGCCGCAAGUACUUUGAUGAGAAGAUCGCCAAGAUGGAGAACUACUGCAGCAGCGGCUCCACCGACACGACCCCCGUCAUCAAGGCGGUCGCGCACGCCCUGACCGCCGCCACCCCCUACACCCGCUACCACCCCAUGGACUACUACUGGUGGCUGCGCAUGCAGAUCAUGACCCACCUGCCCGCAGCCGUCUCCGACAAGCUCUACAUUCACUGAGGGAGACAGUGGGGCGCGCGGGGGAGGGGGCACAUGGUCACCUCUUGGGGCCUCACUGUGGCCUAUCCUCGCACCAGUGAGUGGUUUGAGUCGCCGCCAGAGGGGUAUUUGGGGGUAUUUUGCAGCGACCCCUAAACUAACCAGGCCCACCUAACAAACACGGUACAUCAUCUUUGGGAGUCUAUUUUGUGCAAAGAUUUCAGGGAAACUUCCUAUUAAAAAGCAGAUGUAUUAACACAA